AUGAGUGACCUUGCGAAGGCCCAGGCCGUGAACAGCAUCCCGCUCUAUGUGGCAGAGUGUUCUUUCUUCUUCGUGCUGUGCCCCGUGUUGGAGUCCGAAGACGGCUCGAAGUUGUUGGGCCCCAGCAGUUGGGCGUCGCGCGGAUGGUGCCGCAUUGAGAGGUGCUGCCGGGAGCUGUCGCCGGAGCACUCCUGGAUCAUGAUCCGGAGCGCCAAGCACAUGGAACUCAUCGACACUCCCAUCGCCACCCCCGGUGCCGGAUGCGCCGGCGAAGGCGAGUUCACUGUGGAGUCGGAUCGCCAGAAGCUCGGGCCUGUUUUGUUGAAAGCGGUACAGCGGAAGCUCCGCUUCCUGCUGCGGUCCGGGAACCUCGUGGGGUACCGCACCCUUUUGAACCAUCAGCCCCUCUUCCUCCGGGGCUUUGAUGUGGAGAUCCAAUAUGACCUGAUUCCGGGCUUCGAGGCUUUGCCGUGCCUGGGUGAAGCUUCCGAGGCUUCCGAAGCUUCCCUGAUUGUCUCCCAGUUCCUGUACCAGAAUGGGUUCAGCAAAGUCGCCGAGUUGGACAAGGUGGGCUGGACGCCCCUGCACUACGCGGGAUGCCGCGGGGAGCCCGAGUUGGUCCGGGCCCUCCUGGCGCACCGCGCCAAUCCGAAUGUCAUGGCUACGAAGGACAACGUCAUGGCAGGAGCCCUACGGAAGUGGCGGGUGAUGACCAGCGUGGCUGCUUUGAGGCACCAUGAAGUUGCACACAUCUUGAUUGAGGCCAAGGCGGAUCUGAGUGGCACGCAGUUGGUCGGAGCAGCCAUCGGGAAUGAUCCCGAGGGCAUCCGCAUCCUCUGCGAAGUUGGCGGCGUCAGCCCCUAUGCCGCAGAUGACGAAGGAGGCUUCGGAGUGAAGGCGAUUACCCUGGCUUGCAUGUAUGGGGCAGAGGCCGCCGUGGAAGCGCUCUUCAAGCAGGCCGCUCGCGUGGGCGGGCGCGUUGACCUGUCGAACAUUUUUUGGCUGUCCUGCACCUUUGGGAAUGCCGGGGCAAAGCUCGUGGACACGUUGCUGGAGGUCCAGGCCGAUCUCGAUGAGCGGGGCUCUUUCAGCCUCAAGACGCCACUUGGGCUCUUGUUCAGCGUGCUUGCCCUCAAGUAUCGCCUGGGCAGCCGGACAAGGCUCGCGACGAUGUCGUACCACCGAAACGGAGCUACGCCAUUGAUUCAAGCAGUCUUGGGUGGGCAGUGGGAAGCAGCUGCAACCCUGAUUGCCAGAGGCGCCCGGGUGGACUUGCGAAACUCGCUCGGCUUCUCUGCAGCAGACCUAGCACUUUCACCGCCAGCAUUCCUCACGCGAGCUUUCGAAGGGGAUGUGGAUGGCUGCGUGAGGGUGGCCAGGCUGGCAAAGGCAGAGCGUGCUCCUGACGCAUGCCGUCCGCACGGGGGCAUGCAUGGGGGCCAGGAAGAGGACGACCAGAUGAUUGAGGUCAUGUUUUGA